AUGGCGCCGGAUGUGAACGCCCCGUCGCUGGCGGGGGCCGAAAGUGCCAAGUUGAAGUCAGGAGAGUGGGUCUCGGUGAUCAAAGCCGGAGACUAUUUUCAGGCCUCGGAAUUGAGAACCAAAGAGGACGGUCAGACCUACUUGAAAUUGGCCGAUCAGGACGGCUGGGUCUUUGGGAAGCUCAGCGGGAAGGGCAUCGCGGGGGAGUGGAAGAACCGCGACAUCGUGGUGCCAGUUGCGGAGAGCGAAGCCCUCAACGCCAAGGCCAAAAUCGUGGCCAACACGAUGGAGCGACAGUUGAUCCGAGAUGAUUCCGACAAGUUUGCGUUGUACAUCGUGGCGGGUGCAAUUCUCCUGAUCGCUAUUGAGAGACUCUGGGAGGAAUUUGCCUAA